GCCUUGUCUUCAAUGGACGGGCCCGAGCCCGGCCCCGCUGCGACUGAACAACGCGCACUGUCAAUCCAAGCACACUUCCGGUGUUUUGGGGCGGAGUAAAGAAUGGCGGAGAACGGAGCGGACCAGCAGGCCAUGGAGAUUGAUCGACGAGUGGAAUCCGAAGAGUCCGGGGAUGAAGAAGACCUCAAGAAAGAAGGCAUUGAUGAGUUAUCUCAGAAUACGAGUGUGUAUGAAACUGAAGGAGAACCAGACACGCCUGUUGAUAUUGAAACCAUCAUUUUAGAUCCAGAAGCAGAGGAUGUCGAUCUCAACCACUGCAGAAUUGGAAAGUUAGAAGGAUUUGAUGUACUGAAGAAAGUGAAGGUGCUGUGCCUUCGCCAGAAUCUUAUCAAGGCAAUUGAGAACCUAGACAAGCUGAUAACUCUCCGAGAACUGGAUCUCUAUGACAACCAAAUAAAAAAGAUAGCAAAUCUUCAAGAAUUGAAGGACCUUGAGGUUUUAGAUCUCUCCUUCAAUAUAGUGCGGAAAAUUGAAGCUCUUGAGGGCCUGAACAAAGUGAAGAAGCUCUUUCUUGUGAACAACAAAAUUACAAAAAUAGAAAACAUUGGUCACAUGGAACAAUUGGAAAUGUUAGAGCUGGGCUCAAAUCGCAUUCGGGUUGUGGAGAAUAUUGACAAUCUGAAGAAACUUAACACUUUGUUUUUGGGUAAAAACAAAAUAACAAAAUUACAGAACUUGGAUGGGCUGACGAAUCUCACUGUUCUCAGUAUACAGAGCAAUCGGUUGACAAAGAUAGAGGGGAUGCAAAGCCUGAUCAAUUUACAAGAGCUUUACAUGAGUCACAAUGGCAUUGAGGUGAUUGAGGGCUUGGAGAACAACGUGAGUCACAGACCCUCUAAAAAACUAACCACGUUGGAUAUAGCAAACAAUCAGGUCAAGAAGAUUGAAAAUAUCGGUCACCUCACAGAACUUCAGGAGUUUUGGAUGAACGAUAAUUUAAUUGAUCAAUGGAGUGACCUAGACGAGUUAAAGAAUGCCAAGGAGCUACAGACGGUGUAUCUUGAGGGCAACCCACUGCAAAAGGACCCACAUUAUCGGCGCAAAGUAAUCUUGUCCCUUCCCACUGUGCGACAGAUUGAUGCAACCUUCAUCCGAUUCUGAAACUGGGAGCUCCUUCUCAUGCCUGACUCAUUUGGGGAAAGCUCCUCGUGUUUUAUUUGACUGAUACUCUAAAGGUAUUUGAUUAAAAAAAAAGAUACUAAAUUAUAGCUAAACAAUCCAAUGCAUGAUUUUGUUAUUGACUCCUUUUUGAUGAAUGUGCACCUGUGUUUUGAUUGAUUCAUCUUGUAUACUGCGGCCUUGCACAGUAUCUAACCUGACCCAUAACGUCAUCCUUUGCUUGUGAGGAGGAAAUGUGUCUGUGUUUGAUCUUUUUUGUAAGGAAUGAACAUUAAAAGCACUGAAAUGCCUGGACUUUA